AUGGGCAUUUGCUAAACAAGAAAAAGUAAAUUAAAUAGUUAAAAUACUGCCACAACUCCUGUGAGUCAGUUUUCAAAUAAGAUAAUUUCAUAUUCUCAUAAUUGUAUUGACACAAAAACUCAACCAAAAUUUGUUCCUUAAAGACCUCCUAAUAUUGAAUAUAGUGAAUAUGAUCCAACAAGUAUCUUUCUUUAUUACAUUAGAUCCGCAUCGAUAGUUCAAUGUGAUGAUAAAUGGAGUACAUUUUGAAGUCAUAAAUUCAGUUGAAGAAGACAUUUUAAGAUAACUAGAUUGA